CAGGCUAAGGCCCGGGUUCCAGCUCCCAUUUUGCAACUCCGCUUCCUAACCAAAAUCUUCUCCUUAUCAACACUUGCCCAGACGUUUUCCAAUCCAAUUUCGGUAACCGAGAUCCGUCAGGCUCACAAACAGUGAGUCCGCUCUGGGACUAGCUGUAUUCAGCUGCGCGCAGGUCACCAUGGCUCUUUCUGCCAGUGCAAAAGAUGCCCCUAAUCUCGAUGCGAGCAGCCAGAAUAUCUCCCCCAAAAGCAACUCCGUGCGUAACACAAGCAAGCAACAAGUACGACAUCGCGCAUCUGUCGCCUGUGCGUCAUGCCGCGACAGAAGGAUACGCUGCGUUGUACCUAAGAAUCAGACCGAAUGCACCGCCUGCGCAAAGUCAGGUGCAGAGUGCAUCAUCAAAAAUGACGAUGAGCGAAGACGUCCUAUAUCCAAGGCAUUUAUGUCCUCAUUAUCGGACAGAAUCUCGAUGCUUGAAGGCUUGCUCUUGGAAAAGGGUGUGGUGCCGCCUCCAGCGACUCAUCCUCCAAAAACAAGGCACGAUGUGCAAGAUACCAUAGCCACUGCGACGGGGAAUACUGACCCAUCCCCGCAACCUGAUUCCAAGUCCCCAGCGAGCGAAGACCACUCUCCGCCGGACUAUCCAGACGACGAUCUCGCGACACGUGAGAGCGAACUUACGUCGACAAAUUCGCGUGAAAAACAGCCAGGGUACUCACGUUGCAAUGAUGAUUCACCAUUUCGCAUUCUGGAUCCUAAGCAAGAGGACAUCAUCCAUCGACUUCUGUCGACCAAAGGCAACCUCUCAUUUGACCAAAUCUCCGGACGACUGCGUUUCUUUGGGCCCACAGCCAACAGCCAUGUUUAUGCCGAAUCAACAAGCCUAUCAUAUACGCGUGAGCCGCCUGAACAAAUCCGCAGAGCAGAGAAGAUCAUCCAAUCGCUGAGCUCGGAGACACACGACUAUCUUGUUGAUGGAUUCUUCCACUACUAUAAUUCUGUUAUUCAAAUCAUCGAUCGAGAUUCUUUCGAGGCUGACCGAAUAUCAAAGUCUUCAAAGUUUUACUCUCAUUUUCUUCACAUCGCAGUGUUGGCCAUGGGGUAUCGUGUGGCCGAUAUGGACCGAGAUGAUAUGCGUAAGAUAACGCUGAGUCCACGAGAAAGUUCUCUCCAUAGAGAGGCCAAGCACAUGCUUGAUAUCGAGCUCGAGCGUCCUGGUGGGAUUCCUAGUGUUCAGGCCUUACUGUUGCUUGGAGAUCUUGAAUGCGGUGUCGGUAGAGAUAACACCGGCUGGAUGUACUCUGGAAUGGCAAAUCGCCUUGCUUUCGAUAUUGGCCUCCAUUUAGAUUGCACCAGCAACAUGUCUGAACAAGACACAAAAAUUCGAAACAUGGUCAUGCAGGCAUGUGUGAUCUAUGACAGAUAUUGGGGACUAUUUCUGGGCAGGCCAUUGGCUAUCAAAAGCCAAGACGUUGAUCUCUUAUCAAACCGGUUUUCCCAGCUCGCUUCUUUCGGCUUCGAUGCUCCCAAGGUAGAGUUGACAACCGAAAUUUAUGAGCAGCUCAUUGAGUUGAUGGAAUUGGCCGGACGAAUCGUCGAAAUACGUGAUCUGAGCAACUCCAACAAGGCGGCGGAACAGACCGGCGCAUUUGCGACUAAUGAAGCCGAAGAAAACAGAUAUCUGCAGGUCAUCAAUCUCGACAGGCAACUUCAAAAUUGGUAUAGGCGAUUGCCCGACCGCAUGGCAUGGAAGCCGAGCAAUGUCAAGACAGCUCCUUACAGUUUCUUCUUAUUACAUCAACAAUAUCACGUAACUAUGAUUUUACUACAUCGACCAUGGGCCAAAUAUGGCUCAAUCUCGGGCGACAGUUCGAGUACUGGAUCGCAUCCAAGUCCUGAAAGCGACAGAAAAGCAGAAUCCGAGAGCCCCAGGCAUCAUUUCACUGCUGAGGGUUCGCCGAUGCCUACCGAUGACCGUCAACGCGUCGUCCAUGGGAGCCGCACAUCGUUGGCCCGCAGCAUAUGUACCCAGCAAGCGAUACGCGUGGCCCGGAUUUUCUGGCAGCAUCGUCAAAGAUUCGACGGACGAAAGAUUUUCAUCACGGGAAUCCAGCAUGCGGGUACUGCAUCAAUCGCGUUGAUUGCUGCACUCGCCUACCAGCGCGAUGAGCCAAAUCGCCAGACGUAUAUCGGCUAUCUUGAGAUUCUAUCUGAUGCUGUUGGCGAUAUGAGCGCUACAUAUCAUCCGGCUAGCAGGAUGGAUGACUUGCUCAAGGCUGUACUUGAGCAGAUCCGGAGCAGUAUGACUGACGUUUCACGGUCGCGCAGCGGCAGCGCAGGCCAGCAGACCAUUAGUAUUGGCGCCAGUAGUGCGAGAAGCGGCGUCUCUUAUGACAGCAAUACAUCGGUUCCUAUUGUCCCUGUCAGGCGUGAAGCCGAUACCGACUUCAAUCAGCCUCCUAAGAAGAGACGGCCUUCUGUUCACCGACAGACCUCAGACUAUGCCUCAUCGAAGCCGUCAUAUCUCGGUAUGACAUCGCAACCGGCACCACCUCUAUCCCUGCCGUACGGUCAACAAAGCCAACCGCCGCUUGAUCCAACCAUGUUUCCUAUGAAUAUGCACAGCCAGCCGGAACAACUUGGCCUCACGUUGGUGGGGGCGAACGCGGUCAAUAUGCAUCAUCCCGACCUUGCUCCAGGCCACAUGGUCGGUACACUCAAUGCCGCGAACCUCGGUCACCCGUUACCUGACAGUUGGGGCCUGCCUAACAUGCAGCCUUCUUUUCCACAAGGUCAAUUUCAUGGUGCCAUAGACUGGUCUGCCGGAACUGCUGGUCUCAGUGCCAGUUCAGUGUUGAAUCAGAGUGCCGCGAUGUCAACUGGUAUCAUGUCAGGAAUGGCUGCUUUCAGCUCAGCCAAGGAACCCCCAAAGUUUGGGAGCAGCGAGGGUGGUAUGCAUCAGCCUUCAUCCAGCAAGCUCCCUCAUAUCGGAACAAACUGGACGAGUACCAACGUUGGGACCGUUGGUUCAGGAAGGAUGGACGAAUAUGGCCCGAAUGUGGGCAAAACAACACGUCUGAAUGACGGGAGCAACGACGAACAGAGAAACUACUCUCUUGACUUUUUUAAUUUUGGUUAGGUGCUAUUGUCGGGUUACUGUCUCUUCUGCAAGGUGUUCAAGGACGUUCACGCUUGGUAUGUUCUGUUGUUUUACUUUGGAUUUGCAGAGUUGAUUUUGCUAUUUAUGUCUGCGGGAUAUGAAUAAGUCUGUAUCUAUACGAAAUUGUAUAUUAAAACUAGG